AACAAUCAUAUGCUGAUUCAUCAACGCAGAAUGAAUUUGACAUACCAGCGUAUUUUCAAAGCAUAUUCUCAACUGAAGAAAGCGUGCUUGAGAUACCUUCUUUAAAUGAUAUUUCUGUAUACGAUAUUCCACAUCAUUCUCUUGUUCGCUUUCGAGCCAUGAUUCAGAACACAGGAUUUGGGCACGAAAUGUUUGUAAGCUUUUACGAAACAUCGGAUCAUAAGGGUAACAAGAAAUGGAAAUUCAACAAGUAUUCAGACGAUAUGGAUACGGAAUGUCAGUCGUUUGAUGAAACAGGAACAGACAUCGAAGAAAUUGUGAGAUCAACGGCGAAUAUGCAUUUGGACAGUAGUAAGGACGAGGAUAGAUUUAAAAAAGUCGCAUCCAAAUUUCCAUUUCCUAAUGAAGAUCACGUUGCAGCUAUAAUAAAAUUUUAUGAAAAAGAUGAUUCUCUUAAAGUAACUGAUGUUGUUGAAUUCAUCGGUGUCCUUUCUCACCCUAAAGAAUUAAGCGAUGAUGAACUAGAACAAGACGAUACAGAAUGUAGCUUCGAUGUUACAUUCUCUAUU